AUGACGCCCGGCAAACAUUCCCGUGCCUUCGCCCGAGCCGCUAACGCCGGCUUUGGGGUACAGGGGCUUCAGAAGCAGCGAGGGAAAAGGCGGGUGACCAUUCCCCAGCCAGUCGCCACCAUGCCCGUCUCUCCAGUAAACGGCCGCAGGCAGCCGAGCGUCGGGGUAAACGUUGGCUUAGCGCCAAGGAAGUCUAUUAGCUUUGUUGGUGCAAGCAAAGGAGCUCUAAUGAAAGGAGGAUAUGCUGGUGCAAACCAAAGCAGAAUGGCUAUGUCAAAAAACAUGAUGAUUCUACCUGAAGCAAAACAAGUAGAAAAAAUGACUAUUUCCUCUGCAAAGACAAUCACACAGGUGACUGAUAUAAAUGGAGUUGAUGUUACUCCCAGACCUCUUUACCGUCCAGAUCCAUAUUCCAGUACAGGAAAGCCAAAUAAGCUAUUGACUUCACAAGACGGAUCACAUACAUCAGACUUUAUAGCUUCCCAUAGCCUUUAUCAGAAUACAAUAAAUCCUAGUAUGUUAGGGCAGUUUACCAGGUCAGUUUUAGGAAGCAGCACAGUUUCUAAGUCAACUGUAUCCACUACUGAAUCAAUGGCAGAAGACCUAGAAGAACCAUCCUUUAAACGGGAAAGAUUGUCUAGUUUUACAGAUUUACAAGUUAUGAGGGCAACAACUGGAAAAAUUAUAACAAAAGAAGACCUGGAGAAGACUAUAGAGAUAAUUCUCACAGAGACAGAAACAAUGAACUUUUUAAAUCUACCAACAGUUAUGUUUUCUGUAGAAUCUGAAGAAGCUGAGAAAGUAAGCCAGAGAAACAAGAACUAUGAGACUCUUUGUCGAAAUAGAUUGGGCAAUGACUUAUACGUAGAAAGGAUGAUGCAGACUAUUAAUGGAGCACCAAAGAAUAAAGACGUUCAAUGUGACAAAAUCUUGAAAGAAGAAAAAGGUAUAAUGUCCACGGCUUGGGAUUUGUAUGAUUCUUACAAUGCUAUGGAGCUUUCAACUUUACCACCAAAACGACCUAUGAUGGACUCAAGUAGUAAAGCAAGUGUACCUUCAAAAGACUGGGAACAAUCAGUGCCAGGGAGUAAUUUAGAAAAAAUUAGUGAAGGUAGUUCUCUAAUGGAUAUUGAAAAUGUAAUCCUGGCUAAAGUUCGUGAUGAAGAAGAAGACAACUCAGAUGCAGUGUUUAAAUCUGACAAGUUUCAACAGGACUUAUUUUUUAUGGAGCGAGUUAUAAUGGAAAAUAUAUUUCAGCCAAAACUUGCAGCUUAUCGUCAGCUUCCUGUUUUAAAAGAACCAGAACCUGAAGAGCCUGGAGACUUUUUAGUAGAUGGAAAACUUGAAGAGGUCGAAGAAGAGGCUAAAAAGGAAGAGGAAGAAGAUUUAGAAAUAGAUUCAGAACAAUCAACAAUACCAGCCAAUUUGGAGCGACUUUGGUCCUUUUCUUGUGACCUAACCAAAGGCCUUAAUGUGAGCAGCCUUGCCUGGAAUAAAGCAAAUCCAGACCUUUUGGCUGUUGGCUAUGGACACUUUGGAUUUAAGGAGCAAAAAAGAGGAUUGGCCUGCUGCUGGUCAAUAAAGAACCCCAUGUGGCCAGAGCGUACUUAUCAGAGUCCAUAUGGAGUUACUGCUGUGGAUUUUUCAAUCGGCUCACCUAACCUUUUAGCAGUUGGCUAUCACAAUGGCACUAUUGCAAUUUAUAAUGUACAGAACAACAGUAACCUUCCAGUUCUGGAUAGUAGUGAAUCACCUCAAAAACACUUGGGACCUGUAUGGCAACUGCAGUGGAUAGAACAAGAUCGAGGGACAACAGGUGAUGACAAAAGAGAAAUACUAGUUUCUAUAUCAGCGGAUGGAAGAAUCUCUAAAUGGGUUAUACGGAAAGGACUGGACUGUCAUGAUUUGAUGCGCUUGAGGCGAACAACUGCUAGCACCAGCAAAAAAGGAGGGGAAAAGGAAAAGAAAGGUGAAGCUUUGAUAUCUCGACAGGCUCCUGGAAUGUGUUUUGCUUUUCAUCCCAAGGACACAAAUAUCUAUUUGGCUGGUACUGAAGAAGGUCAUAUUCACAAGUGUUCCUGUUCAUAUAACGAACAAUAUCUAGAUACCUACAGAGGACAUAAGGGACCAGUGUAUAAAAUAGCAUGGAACCCAUUUUGCCAUGAUGUUUUCUUAAGCUGUUCUGCAGAUUGGGGUGUUAUUAUAUGGCAACAUGAGAAUCUCAAACCAUUUUUGAGUUUUUAUCCAACUACUUAUGUUGUUUAUGAUAUUGCCUGGUCUCCAAAAUCAUGCUACAUAUUUGCAGCUGCAAAUGAGAGCAGAGUGGAGAUUUGGGACCUUCACAUCAGCACUUUGGACCCUCUGAUUGUCCAUGUUGCUAACCCUGGAAUCAAGUUCACAACUGUUCUUUUUGCUAAGCAAACAGAUUGCCUUCUGGUGGGAGAUAGCGAUGGACAAGUUGCUGUAUAUGAAUUAAAAAAUAUGCCCACUACUUUGGACUCUAACAGGGGAGACGUAAUAGUGACUUUGCUUGGGCCCAAGUCAAGUCAAGCAUAA